AUGGAUCAGCCCGACCAUAACGGCCCUGUCGAUGCGACAGACGACCCGGAGACCAUCCCGCGCUCCGAGUCGCGUCUUAAGAGGCUGUCCGGUGCGGCCGCGAACCGCCUGUCAAUACCAUUCUCUUUGUUCUCAUUCAGGUCCUCCCGCACCUCAGAUAGCGACGGCCAGAAGCUCUCCAAGCAGCAGAAUGGCAGGGCCAAGAGCUCUCGACCGAGUGAGUCGUCCACCCGGUCGUCCACAGCAACCGCAGCCCAGCCAGACGAGCAAGAUGCCGUCGGCUCGCUACCCGUCCUGCCGGUACUUGGGACGUCGCGCGGGGGCUACCUCAGAUCGUUGCUGUCGUUAUUCUCAGAUGGGCACGACAACGACGGCACGUCUACCCAGACGGCUACGCCAGCAUCAGAACAGACACCCAUGACCGACAUCAGCCCAUGGCCACGGAGUCUCGGACUUUACGAGUAUGACCUGAACUCACCCGUGAUAUACAGGUUCUCCAAGAACCACCAGCUCUACAUCGGAUGGCCUGAUGUCGUGAACCCGCCAGCAGAGGCGCUCGUGGAAUUCGAGACGGAGACUUUGCCGCUGCUGCAACAGGACCUGCAGGGGAUCUGCGCACACCUCAGCCAGCAGGACAUACGGAUCACGUAUGAGCUCCGCAUGUCCGGCCACGCGAGCCCAGCGACCGGCACGGUGACCCUGGCACCCACGGUGUGGAUCCUGUACAGGUCAUGCACACUAGCAGGCAACGUCGUCACGGCCGCCGCGCUGAAUCAGGUCGCCCUGGGCCUGGACUACCUGCAGACCGACAUCGAGAUCCACGAGGGCGGCGGGCGGAUCGAGGCGAGCAGCGACAGGAAGCUGGUCGACGUGGACCUGGGCGACGCCAAGGACAGCAUCCAGCUGUCGAACGGGGCCGUCCUCUCCGUGCACGUCGAGGACUGCCAGCAAAAGGACACGGCGUGCGGCGCGCUGGUGUGCGUCACAGUCCAAGAGGACAAGUUCCGCACGCAGCAAGGGCUCUGCCGCAUGGGCGGGCUCCUCAAGGUCAACGGCAAGUACGUGCUGGGGGUGACGACGGCGCACGCGAUGCUCGACAGCAGCGGCAUCUUCAAGGACUCGUUCGACGGCGCGGCGGCGGGGGACGACGACCUGCGCACGCCCAAGGGCAAGGCCGUCGACCGCGACGCCAUCGUCCUCGAGGUCAGUGAUGUCGAGGGGUGGCAGGCGGCCACGCGCGAUGCGGCUAUCGACUUCCUGGGCAUCUCCAUGAACUCCCGCGGGGACGUCGCCCUCAACCGCUCGCGGCCCCAGAAUGCUACCGACUUUGCCAUGCUGCGCCUGCGCGACCUGCCCGGGUCUGUCCGCAACCGGUACGUGCCCCCUGGGUCGGAAGAGCCUGUCAGCAUCAACUCGACCGCGUCGGCUAGCUCGUCCGCGCUUGACGAGGGGCCGGUGUAUAUCCUGUGUGGUGGGGGCCGCGUUGCUGACGCGCAGCUUGUAUGGGGCUCGGUGUGCUUCAUCAUCCGGGGGAGGAAUUUCCGUGUGCGGAGGGUGCAGACAUCCCAGCCGCUCGGCCCCGGUGCGUCGGGAUCAUGGGUAGUCAAAGGCGAAGUCCUAUACGGCGUCAUCAUAGCCGUCUACAAAGACGAGCCCUUCGCCCUGAUGAUGACAGCAGAGAGGCUGUUCGAGAGCAUCCUGGGCUCGGCCUUCUCCAUCCGCACCGUCGAGCUCUGGGACGGCGUCCUGCCCGAGGCCGACAAGUCGGAGCGCGUGGGGCGGACGCGCUCCGCGACGACGACGGCGACGACGGAGGCCUCCUCCUCAAAGACCGUCGUCUCGAAGCGCGACUCGAGCACCCGCACCAACGGCACGGAGUCGUCCCGCCCCUCGACGCUGACGCGCAACUCGACGACGCAGGUGCGCGACUUCCAGAUCAAGGAGGACGGGAGCGUCCAGGGCGAGGGCGCCGGCGGCGACCCGGCCGAGGUGCUGGGCUUGCACCCGGCGCUCCGGGGCCAGGACGCGCGGGAGAAGAGGGCGGCGAAGCGGGCUUCCAGGAGUAACAGGGCGAGCAGGAUACUGGCCCCGACGGCGCAGGUCAGGAGCUACCUGGACAAGAAGCUGCCGAUACUGGUGCGCCGGGCGAGCAAGGACAAGGGAAAGGGUAAAGGCAAGAAGGUCGCCCGCGGGACGCCGUCGGAAGGCACAUGA